AGAAUGGACCUGGAAAAGGGGAAAACAGGAGUUAGAUGAUAGCGGCUUGAAGGGAUGAAUGUGUCAUGAGCACACAGCCUGAGGAGAGCCAGCAGACAAGUGGAGAUGGGGAUGCAGCUCAACGAGAUGUUGCCUGUAUUGAAGACGUGUCGGUGGAGGUGGCCACCGUGGACUACACGCUGCGGAUGCUGCGCAGGUUGUACAGGAAGACCAGACGGAAGCCCAAAGGACUCAAGAGGCUGCAGGCCUACCUGCUGAACAUCCCACACUUGGCGCUCGUCAUCACAGCAGUGGUGUUCGUGGUGGUGGUGAUCAUGUGGUCACUCCUCUGGGUUUUUAUAUUCCGCAGGGAGAGUAACAGCGGAGCGUAUUUUGCCGGGAUGUUCCGCGUUGCCAACGUGGAAUUUAUCCCAGAGUACCGCCAGGCAGAGUCCCACGAGUUCGUAUCUAUGGCAAACAAAAUACAACACGUGGUGAGCAAUGUGUACAGGAUGUCCUCGGUGGCCAAACUCUACAAGCAGGCGGUCAUUUCAGACCUCAGUAACAACAAUAAGGGGGGCGUGUUGGUGCAUUUCUGGAUGGUAUUUGUGGUCCCUCGCCUGAAGAGCCCAGUCAUGUGUGAGGAGUGUAUCGGGGCCAUUCUCAGAGACUCGGUCCACACCAGUCUGAAGAACAGGUCCUCUGUCGGGUCCCUGCUGGGCCUUCCAGUGGAUAUAGACUCCAUCCUCAUUAAUGCCGUCCAGCGGUCAGAUUACACAUCAAAUACAGCAGGGUCUCAGUGUGUGGAUAAGAUGCAUGCCAACCUUCCCGGGGCACGGGUGCCUCUGAACAUCUUCUCAUCGUGGGGCGGUGUGAACUGCCACGUGAAGCUCACUGCGUCCCCCGGCUCCCUGAUCCGCCUCACCGUCGCUUCGUUCCUCAUCGAGCCCAGCGACUGUGUGAAUGACGGCCUCACUGUGUACGACGCUCUGCUGCCCAUGAGAGGGCGCAUUCUGCUCAGGCUGUGUGAGCCGGUGUCCGCCCCUUUCUCCAUGGUCUCCACGUCCAGCGUCAUGCUGCUGUUCUUCAGAAUGACCAAUGGCAACAAGAGCUUCAAAGGACACUUCGAGGCCGUCGCCGAGGAAAUCUGUAUGUCUCAAAUUGAGACCCAGUUAGAUCCUGAUGUCUCGGGGAAGCUCUACAGCCCCUUCUACCCCAGCCUCCUGCCCCCACAGUGCUCCUGUAACUGGAGAUUUGAGACUCCAAACUCGGCGUUGGGAGUUGCUCUGCGUUUCCACAACUAUGUACUGAAGCCAAAGGACAUGAAGGGCUGCGUCCACGGCUGGUGGAAGGUCAAUGAAAACAUUUUCUGCGGCAGCUAUGUGGGACACCCCACAGUGUUUCGGAUCGCUGAGCACAGUUCAGAGGUGGAGUUUCGCUGCAGCUCACGUCACUCUUCUCAGCCCUUUCGAGCAUCUUACAGCAGCUACAAUAUCAGCCAACCAUGUCCGGAGAGCCAUUUCUUAUGCAACACGGGGCUGUGCGUGGAAAAGAGCCGACGGUGCGACGGCCUGGACGACUGCCACGACGAGAGCGACGAGGUCCUCUGCUCGAGGCCCACGAUGAACUGCGGCGGCAGCAGUCCUCUGCACCCUUUGUUCGUCUGCAAUGGAGAGAAGGACUGCACUGACGGGGUGGAUGAACUCAACUGCACUCGGGAAACAAGCUGCUCUGCGAUCAGGUAUCAGUGCAGGACCGGAGUCUGCAUCCUGAAGAAGAACGCACGGUGUGACGGUGUUGAUGACUGUCGGGACCACAGCGAUGAGGCAGACUGUGCUUGUGGUCAUCCCUCUUCCUUGAAGCUGGGUUUCCCUUCAGCCCUGGGUCGUGUUGUGGGAGGAGUUAACUCCGUGGAGGGGGAAUGGCCUUGGCAGGUCAGCCUUCACUUCGCUGGGAGUCUGUACUGUGGGGCAUCUGUCCUCUCCUCUGAUUGGCUCGUCUCGGCCGCCCACUGCUUCAGCAAGGAGAGGCUCUCUGAUCCUCGCUUUUGGAGAGCUCAUCUUGGCAUGCUGAGUCAAGGCAGUGCCAAGCAUGUGGCGGAGAUCCAGCGGAUUGUGGUGCACGAGUAUUAUAAUGCACACACGUUUGAUUACGACAUCGCCCUGCUGCAGCUGAAGAAGUCCUGGCCUGCGUCCCUCGGCCCCCUGAUUCACCCCGUGUGCCUGCCGCCUUCCUCCCAUACCGUCACUCACAGCCACCGCUGCUGGGUCACUGGGUGGGGAUACCGAUCGGAAGAAGAUAAGGUGUUGCCCUCGGUGCUGCAAAAAGCCGAGGUGUCCAUACUGAGCCAGUCUGAGUGUAAGAAGAGGUACGGCCCUGUGUCAUCUCGCAUGCUGUGUGCUGGCGUCCCGUCGGGAGAGCGGGACGCCUGUAAGGGGGACUCCGGCGGUCCUCUGUCCUGCCGGGCUCCGGGUGGGGGCCGCUGGUUCCUGAUGGGGAUUGUCAGCUGGGGGUUUGGCUGCGGCAGACCAAACCUGCCAGGAGUUUACACAAGGGUCACCAAGUUCACCUCGUGGAUCUACAACCAUAUCAGCUGACAUGAUGAAAUCCAUCCAUUUCCAGCAGAGCAAUCAG